AUGAAAGCUGAGAAACUCGAGAAAUUCAAAGCCAAACAGGCCAAGUCGAACCCAGCAGCUGGUCCGAAGAAAGAGAAGGUGGUCAAGUCCAACACCACCACCAUCAAUGCCUACAAUCCCACCACGAUCGAACGAGGCCGUUACGAAUGGUGGGAGAGCAAUGGUUUCUUCAAACCCCAGUUGGAAAAUGGCAAGAUCAAGCCCCAAGGCAAAUUCGUCAUUCCAAUCCCCCCGCCGAACGUCACUGGAUCUUUGCAUAUGGGCCACGCUUUAACAAACGCCUUGCAAGAUGUGAUGGUACGCCAUGCUCGCAUGCGAGGCAAAUCUACUCUUUGGAUACCGGGGUGUGACCAUGCAUCCAUCUCGACCCAAGCGGUUGUCGAGAACAUGCUAUGGAGGACACAGGGUAAGACUCGGCAUGAGAUUGGGCGUGAUAAGCUCUUGGAGAUAAUCUGGGACUGGACACGGAAGUACAAGGGCAACAUCACAAAUCAACUCAAGCGUCUUGGUGGCUCUAUGGACUGGGAACGUGAGGCAUUCACGAUGGAUGAAAACCUGACAGAGGCGGUCAAGGCGACUUUCAUCCAACUGCACGAGGAGGGCAUCAUCUACCGCGCAAAUCGUCUGGUCAAUUGGUGUCCAGCCCUGGAAACCUCGCUGUCAAAUGUCGAGGUCGAUAACAAGGAGUUGUUGGGUCGUACCAAGCUAACUGUCCCCGGUUACGACAAGAAGAUCGACUUUGGUGUCUUGAUGUAUUUCAAAUAUCCGGUCAAAAAACCAUCCAGUGCCGCCACUGUGGACUGCGAGAGGUUCGCCGACUAUGAGUUCAUCGAGAUUGCCACCACGAGACCAGAGACGAUUUUUGGUGACACUGCAAUCGCGGUACAUCCAACCGACCGCCGAUAUGCACAUCUUGUCGGCCGCACAGCUAUUCACCCAUUUAUCCCUGAACGCCGCAUCGCCAUUAUUGCGGACGAGGAGGUUGACCCUGAAUUUGGCACGGGUGCUGUCAAAGUCACCCCGGCUCACGAUCCCGCCGACUUUAUCAUGGGUAAGAAGCAUGGCUUAGAGUUCAUCAACAUCCUCGAAGCUGACGGUUCCUUGAACGAAAAUGCUGGCCUCCAAUUUGCUGGUCAAAAGCGGUUUGAAGCACGAUAUACUGUUGUGACUGCUUUAAAAGAGAAGAGGCUCUAUAUAAAGGAAGAAGAUCAUGCCAUGACAAUACCAGUCUGUCAACGAAGCAAAGACAUUGUUGAGCCCAUCUUGAAACCCCAGUGGUGGAUGAGAAUGAGCAAUAUGGCCCAAGCCGCCGAUGCUGCCGUCACCAAUGGUGAAAUAAAGAUACAGCCCCGGACAGAAGAGAAAAAGUUUCAUUACUGGAUGCAAACGAUUCAGGAUUGGUGCCUUUCACGUCAACUCUGGUGGGGCCAUCGCGUCCCUGCUUAUCGUAUUCAGAUCGAAGAGAUGGAUCCCAACGACACCAGUACGGACGACACAUACUGGGUUUGUGCACACGACGAAGUUGAAGCGCAUACAAAGGCCCAAAAAAGAUUCCCGAACCAGGAAUUCACCCUUCAUCAGGAUGAGGACGUGCUAGAUACAUGGUUCUCGGCUGGGCUGUGGCCGUGGGCCAUCUUGGGCUGGCCAAAAAAGACCGUUGAUUUCGAAUCCUUCUAUCCGACCUCUAUGCUCGAGACCGGCUGGGACAUUCUCUUCUUUUGGGUUGCAAGAAUGAUAAUGCUGGGCAUUAAGAUGACGGGUAGGGUCCCGUUCACAGAGGUAUACUGUCAUUCUCUGGUCCGAGAUUCCGAGGGGAGAAAAAUGUCUAAAUCUUUGGGGAACGUUAUUGAUCCAUUGGAUAUUAUCAAUGGUACGACGCUUGAGGCGCUUCAGGCGCAAUUGAAAUCCGGCAACCUUGAUCCUCGAGAAGUCGAACGCGCGUCAGCCUACCAACAAUCCUCGUUCCCGAACGGCAUAUCAGAAUGUGGUGCUGAUGCACUCAGAUUUUCGUUAGUCAACUACACUACUGGCGGAGGCGACAUUGCAUUUGAUAUCAAGGAGAUUGAGGCGAAGAGACGGUUUUGCAACAAAAUCUACCAGGCAACGAAUUUUGUCCUGGGCCGACUUGGGGAAGGGUUUCAACCAUCUUUAAGCCCGAUUCGGCCCUCCAGUUUGGCAGAGAAGUGGAUUCUGCACAAACUGAAUUCCACCGCAGCCAUAGUGACUCAGGCUAUCGAAUCUCGAGCCUUCUCGGCAUCGACCUCGGCUCUUCACAGAUACUGGCUGCACGAAGUUUGCAGCGUGUUCUUGGAGAAUUCCAAGACUGUGCUUCGACCAGAGACUGAUCAAGCCGAGCAAGAGUCGAUUCAACAAACGUUAUACGUUGCACUGGAGGGUGGCUUAUUGCUUCUUCAUCCCAUAAUGCCAUACUUGACGGAGCAUCUCUGGCAAAAGUUACCGCGACGUAAAGGAGACAGUACACCAAGCAUCAUGAUUGCCAAAUACCCCGAGUUCAACCCUACAUGGGAAGAUCCAGAGGCGGUCAAGGACUACGAGUUCAUCCUGUCGAUUGCCGAGGCUAUUCGUGGGUUGCUGUCGCUCUACGGCUUCACAGAACCAGGAAAUGUCCUCAUCAAAUUGCACACUGCAGAACGUGUGAAACUUGUGCAAGAUCAAAUCCGCAUGAUAACAUCUUUGGGCGGCAAGUAUCUGGGAGACGUCGCCUGUGAACAGGCUUCUCCCGACUCACCUCUUCCCAAGGCGCAUGCUCUUCGAAGUAUCAAUGUUGAUACUACGGUCUUCUUGAAGAUAGGCACGGGCGUUGACUUGGACGACCUCAGAUCCAAGCAACAGAAAACUCUGGAUGACGCCCGAAGUAGAGCGCAAAAGAUUCAGGACAUGAUGAAUAAGAGUGGAUGGGCCAAGGUUGGGAGCCAGAAGAAAGAGGAAGAAGAAGCAAGACUGCAGAACUUGCUGAGCGAAGCGGAUCGACUUGAAGCAGCACUGGGGGAGCUCGAGAGACUCACACUGGAAGUCUAG